AACCUAACUUUUUAAAUAAAUAAAAAUGGUAAAAAUCUAUCAAAAAUAAAUACGAUUUAAUAAAAUCAAUAAAAUCCUUUUAAGAACUAACCCCCAAACAAUUUACUUAAUCUAAAUGGAUCUAAAUUGGAUUCACAUCAACACAAUGAAAAAAAUCAUCUUGAUUGGGGGCACAAAAAUUACUCCAAACGAUCUUAAAAGACGUCUUAAAAUCAAUAAAAUCGUUUUAAAUACAAAUUCCAUAUUAUUUAUUUUAUCUAAAUGGAUCUAAAUCGAAUUUACAUCAACUCGAUGAAUAAAACCAACUGAUCGGGGGAACAAAAAUGAUUCUUAGCGAUGCCUCCCCACUUAAAAGAUGUCUUUGUAGCAAUAAAAUCGUUUUGUACCGAAUCGACGAUUCAUGGUGUUUUGUAUUUAGUUAAUUUUAAAUUACAUCCCAUGGAGAGAAUAUUUUGGUUAUUAAUCAUAAUAUCAGCUUUAACCGGAGGAAUUUUAGCUUCUUUAUCAAAUUGGAACCGUUAUCUAGCAAAUCCGACCGUUGUUUCAAUCGAAAAAGAUUUUAGGAAUUGGAAUAAUUUGUUUCCGGCUGCCACUGGAUGCCUUUUAAACAAAGUCGAUGAAAAUAAAGCGGAAAUUUAUAUCUUAAAAACGUGGGGAUUGAAUAAAAAUGAUAAUAAUUAUGAUUAUUAUUUGAGUUUUGUUGAAGUCGUGUCAAAUAUUUCGUAUUUAAAUUUAAACGAUUUUAAUCGAUUUAAAAAUGAUUCUAAUUUAGAAAAUAUUGAUAUGUUGAAUUUAGCUUUAGCCGUUCAUCCAGACAUCGAUGGGAUUUUAGUUACAUCCGAUUUAAAGGUACAAUCAACUUGGGAAAUGAUUUUAACCGAGCUAGGAGUAUGUUUUACGAUGAACUCUAAAUACUCGAAUUUAAUCCGAGUUGAUUUAAACACAUCAAAAGAAGAAUCUCAUUUACAAAGUUGUCAUUAUUUAAAUGGUUUGUGUUAUGCUAGAUAUGAUACAGAGUCGGAUUCAUCAAUAAAUUUUUAUAUACAUUCCCCUCUGGAUAUCGUACAUUCAUCGUCGGAGUUACCUUGGCUUGUUGGGUCAAGUCAAGAGGUUGAAAUUAAUUAUAGAAUGCAAGAAACCGCUUCUGAUUACAACUUAAAAUCUUUAUCUCCGUACCAAAGGAAAUGUCGGUUCGAAGAUGAACCUUUAGAAGAAAAUUUGGGAAUUUUUAGUACGACUUUUUGUUAUGUAUCGUGUCGUUAUAAAAAAAUGAUUAAUUUGUGCGGUUGUGCACCGUAUUUUUAUAAAACUUUUAAUGAAGAGGCUAAAAUAUGCAAUGUAAGUGGGUUAUUGUGUGCGGCUAAGUUUGCUAAGUUAAUCGUUGAGCCCCCAUCGAAAUUUGGGUGUGAGUGUCCUCAACCGUGUAAUAUUAUUCGGUAUUUACCCCAAAUUCCAAAAAUUACUUAUUGGGAAUUUGGAUAUUUCGAUCAAAGAUUAACGUUUAGAUGGGGGUUAUUACCCCCUACGACUAAAUACAGGAGGAAAGUGUUGUUUAGUUUCGAAGAUUUAAUUGUUUCAUUCGGAGGUGCAAUUGCUUUAUUUUUAGGGUCAAGCUUUAUUAGUAUCAUCGAAAUAAUUUAUUGUUUAAUUAAAUAUUUGUUUAAAUUAAAUUUUUGAGCUAGGCAACCAAUUUUGCGAGAAUUUUCUUGUUAAUUUUAAUUUAGCUAAAUUUU